AUGGACCGACCUCCCGCCGCGUUCCCACCUCCCUCUCCCCCACAGGUCAUGCACAGGGCUUUGCGGACGGCGCGAUUCCGUCGGGAACGGAACGCGGGAAGACUAUCGCUGGCAAUUCUAGUGCUGGGAGAGCAGCAGUUCGAUCACCAUUGUCAGAGGGCGCCGGCGUUUUCGGACCAAAGACGACUUAUCUUCAUGGGUCUCGAGAAGUUGAGGUUCGCGCUGCGGCCCCAUUCGCCUCAGGCAGUCAGCGUCCCGAGCUUCAGACCGCGAGGCCAGAUCCCCCAAUAUGGCAAUAUCUACGGAUACGUGAUCCACACUUCAUCCUACCCUGAUCCCAGAUCCCUCAAGCUUUACGAUUCAAGGCGCUGGCAGACUGGCAGCUGGGGCCGUCGCAAUGUCAACGAAUCAUCAAAACCGUGCGAUGUGAUCAGACCAUCACCGCCGAGACGAGAUAGGAUAGUGAUGUCCGCGGAGUCUGUCCGUCUUGGGCUUCCGCUCGGUUGCUCUGAGGCCUAA